CUCCCGGCCUCCAGUGACUUGUAGAAGGCGGAGCGGGCUGAGGUUUACACACGGCGCGAGAGGAGGGUUGCAGGAAUAGCAGCAUGGCAACGGCCGCGGCUACAAAAGUUCCUGAAAUUCGCGAUGUUACCCGGAUUGAGCGUAUUGGAGCCCAUUCCCACAUUCGAGGACUUGGCUUGGAUGAUACCUUGGAACCCAGACAGGUAUCCCAGGGCAUGGUAGGACAGUUGGCUGCUCGUCGAGCUGCUGGGGUGAUUUUGGAGAUGAUAAAGGAAGGCAAAAUUGCUGGUCGGGCUGUCUUGAUUGCCGGCCAGCCAGGCACAGGAAAAACAGCCAUUGCCAUGGGCAUGGCCCAAGCACUGGGUCUUGACACUCCUUUUACAGCGAUUUCUGGGAGUGAAAUCUUCUCUUUGGAGAUGAGCAAAACUGAGGCACUAACUCAGGCCUUUCGGCGUUCCAUUGGUGUCCGCAUUAAGGAAGAAACAGAGAUAAUUGAAGGUGAAGUUGUUGAGAUUCAAAUAGAUCGUCCAGCAACUGGUUCUGGUGCCAAAGUUGGGAAGUUGACCUUGAAAACUACAGAGAUGGAGACGAUCUAUGAUUUGGGCACCAAGAUGAUAGAGUCACUGACUAAGGAGAAAGUGCAAGCUGGGGAUGUCAUUACUAUAGACAAAGCUACAGGAAAGAUUACCAAACUAGGACGUUCCUUCACACGGGCCCGGGAUUAUGAUGCAAUGGGCUCUCAGACAAAGUUUGUGCAGUGCCCUGAUGGAGAACUGCAAAAGCGCAAGGAAGUCGUGCAUACAGUCUCACUCCAUGAAAUUGAUGUCAUCAAUAGCCGCACUCAAGGAUUUCUGGCGCUCUUUUCUGGUGACACAGGAGAAAUAAAGUCAGAAGUACGGGAGCAGAUCAAUGCAAAGGUAGCAGAAUGGCGAGAAGAAGGCAAAGCUGAGGUGAUCCCUGGGGUUCUCUUCAUUGAUGAAGUCCAUAUGCUGGAUAUUGAGUGCUUCUCCUUUCUUAAUCGAGCCCUGGAGAGUGACAUGGCACCUGUCCUCAUCAUGGCCACCAAUCGUGGCAUAACCAGGAUUCGUGGCACCAACUAUCAAAGCCCCCAUGGCAUUCCUAUUGACCUGCUGGAUCGUAUGCUGAUUAUUUCAACCUCUCCAUACAGUGAUAAGGAGACAAAACAAAUAUUGAAAAUCCGGUGUGAAGAGGAAGAUGUUGAGAUGAAUGAAGAUGCCUACACAGUAUUAACCCGCAUUGGUUUGGAGACUUCCUUGCGGUAUGCCAUCCAGCUCAUUACAGCAGCCAACUUGGUGUGUCGCAAAAGAAAGGGCACAGAAGUUCAGGUUGAUGACAUCAAGCGUGUAUACUCCCUGUUCCUGGAUGAGUCACGCUCCACUCAAUACAUGAAAGAAUAUCAAGAUGCUUUUAUGUUUAAUGAACUCAAAGGGGAGACCAUGGAUACAACAUGAUGAAAUUUAAAUACCCAGAGCAGACGGGAGUGUGAAUCGAUAUUCCUUUGUGUUAUUAGUUUUUUAUACAAAUAAAACAGAAUUUACUGAAUUUCUGCUUGCUUUGAAUUGCGAAGCCAACAAAAAUCACCAUUUUUAGUAUUUCAGUAACUGCUUCCUACGUGGUGCUUUCUUAAACAGAUUUAAGUCUUAAAUUCUGCAAGCUUUUUUUCUGUGAUACAACCUUUUGACUCUCGUAAAAGAAUUUUAUACAAUGAUGAAUUAAUUCUGUUGCUGGCAUUAUCGUUUUCCAUUCCUUCCCCCCCCCCCCCCAAACCUAUAAAAUAGCCCAUAUUGUUGAGUGGAGAGAUUUACAAGAAAAGACAACAGCAGUUUGACUUGCAAAAUUUUAUUUCACAUAUCUUCUGGAAAAAAGUCAUCAUAGGAAUGUCUUUGCCCCCUUUAAAGUUUGCGCCAGUUACAAAGUUUGACCAGCAGAGAGAACUUAGGCACUCCAUAAAUGUGCCUUCUCUGGCAAAGGCAGGACAAUAAAACAAUCAUGUUCAAUA